CUUGUAUUCUUUUCGCUGACACCAGAAGAUGAAGAUGACAUGUAUCCUCAAUCACCUCAAGACUAUGAAGAAACUACAUGGAUAGAUGAUUCUGAAUGUCAAGAGAAUUUAUUUUGCAUCCUAUCACUCACACCGGAAGAAACCAUUGUUGACAAAGAUAAUCACUGUAUCCAUACGUCAUAUCAAAUCUUCUUUGAAGAGCUAGGAUAUUUUACAGAAGAACCAGAGCCUAUUGAUCCGACCAGAGAUUAUGAUUUAGAAGCCAAAGAGUUCAUCAGCCAUCGUGACAAUAAAAAGAUUGUGCGUCAAAAACAUGUUGAUUUGUCUCGCAUACCUUCUUUGGAUCAUUCAAGGUCAGGAUUAUCUUCUUCUUCAUCUUCUAUACAU